AAUUCUGCGUGGCUGGGUGCGGUCUGCCUUCCUCCCGUGGAGCCGGCGCGUGCGGCCGCAAUGAGCUGGGACUUGCUGCUCUGGCUGCUGGCGCUGUGUGUACCGCUCGCGUUCGUGGUGCAGCUGGUGCGCUUCUUGAGGGCUGAUGGCGACCUGACCCUGCUGUGGGCCGAGUGGCAGGGGCGACGUCCAGAAUGGGAACUGACUGACAUGGUGGUGUGGGUGACCGGAGCAUCAAGUGGGAUCGGUGAAGAGCUGGUUUACCAGCUGUCUAAACUAGGAGUUUCUCUGGUGCUGUCAGCCAGAAGAGUGCAUGAACUGGAAAGGGUGAAAAGAAGAUGCCUUGAGAAUGGCAAUUUAAAAGGAAAAGAUAUACUUGUUUUGCCGCUUGACCUGACUGACAUAAGUUCACAUGAAGUGGCUACCAAAGCGGUUCUCCAGGAAUUUGGUAAAAUUGAUAUUUUGGUCAACAAUGGUGGAAGAUCCCAGCGUUCUCUGUGUGCGGAAACUAGCCUGGAUGUCUACAAGGAGCUAAUAGAUCUUAACUACUUAGGGACAGUGUCCUUGACAAAGUGUGUUCUGCCUCAUAUGAUCGAGAGGAAGCAAGGAAAGAUUGUUACUGUGAACAGCCUCAUGGGUAUCUUCUCUGCGCCCCUUUCUAGUGGAUAUUGUGCAAGCAAACAUGCUCUUCGGGGUUUUUUUAAUGGCCUCCGAACUGAACUUGCCACCUACCCAGGUAUCCUAGUUUCUAACAUUUUCCCAGGACCUGUGCAAUCAAAUAUUGUGAAGAAUGCCUUAACUAAUGAUGCCACACAGACUUUAUGUAAUGUUGGAGACCAGUCCUACAAGAUGGCAACCAGUCGUUGUGUGCGGCUGAUACUAAUCAGCAUGGCCAAUGACUUGAAAGAAGUGUGGAUCGCAGAUCAACCUUUUUUGUCAGUGGCAUAUUUGUGGCAAUAUACCCCAACCUGGGCCAUGUGGCUAACAAACAAAUUAGGGAAGAAAAGGAUUGAGAACUUUAAGAAUGGUCUGGAUGCAGAUUCUUACUUUAAAAUCAGGAAGACAAAGCACGACUGACAAAGCACUUGCAUUUUCAAGCCACCGGAGGGAGAAAUUGAAAACAAGAAAAUCGCCCUCUUCUUGUGCAGAAAAGACUAACUUGUGAUUUUACUUCUUACUAGAUAUAACUUUCAACAUGUAAUAAACAACAAAUAAAAGAUUGCCAUGAAUCUUGCAGUAAAGAUGGUGAUACAUACUACAUUCUUGGAUAAAAGAGCAUUUUAACAUACUUUAGCAUUUAUGCUUAAAAUCGAGGUUAGCAAAAUGUGAAUAAAAGAAUUACAGUAAUCCAUUUAAUGUAAACAUAUGGAAUAUUACACGAAGCUUAAAAGGUCUGAGCGGCGGGAGAUCACAUCCACAACACAAGGCCAAUGUAGAGCAAAAUAGCUUUAUUGCAUAUGUCUGGGUGCAGGUGUGCUGAGCUGAGACGAGCUCAGCAUUGAACUUUUUUUGCUCUCUGGCUUAUAUAGAUACAAACUACGGAAACUAGAAAAAAAAAAAAAAAAAA